GUUUUAACCUAAAAAAUCGCGUGGCAUCGCUUAGAGCACCUUGGUCAGGGUUGCCUCGACGGUCGCAGCACUGCCUUGAGUCGCCGGUGGGGAACACCAUCAAGCGAAGUAGCUUUGGCGGCGAGGAAGGAUGACUGCAACGUCAGUGGCGUUCUCAACUUUUCUGUGAUAGAAUUACUUUUUAGCAAGUGUAAUGGACACAUAAUUAAUAUAAAUAGGUCUAAAUUGCACAAAACUUAAAGUAGCCUACAUAGUUCAGAUCACAACAAGUAUAGGUUCAUGUUGAUUUAAACGCAGAAAAAAACAGGAAGAAAAAUAUGAAGCAGCCAGCGAAUAAAAGCCACCGCAGUGCACUGUAGGCCUAAAACGCUCCUUUAUUUAGGUGUUCAUUUGUCAAUUUCAAUUGUAUAAAUGAAGGGGGUUCCCCGAUAAAGGCUUUCCUCGUGUUCACUAUCUAUUUUCGUCGCAAAUACGUAGUUAAAAAUUCAGCUCUGCGAUUGGAUACAUUUUUGCCCAUUCAAAUAAUCUGCAUCAUUUCCCAUAGAACUACCCUGUAUCCCGAAGUAGAAGUGUGCAUUCGCUGGAGCUCUUUGCGGCGAUGCAUUGCCGCACUGCUUCGUUCGCUUCCGCGUGAUGUCUGGAUAAUCGUAAUAUUUUUAAAAACCCGUUUUUUGCCUUUACGAAGCCAAACUAGUUGGAUUAAAAGACUGUAGUUGACGGUAGACUAACAUUAACCAAUUACCUCGAGGCAAUGGCACGUAAUUUAAUACGGGGAACGAAACAAGCGGGGGUGGGAAACCCAUCUAAGCUAGUAUAACGCAGGUUAUUUUCCCCUGGCCCAGAUAUUUUUCAUCGAACUUGAGACAUUAACAGCUUCGAUCAGCCGUUUCUUUCAUGACAAAACGUUACGACGCACAAAUGGCAUUGUAAGAAAGUGAUGCGUCUGGUUAUGUGCUAACGUUAUCUGGGUGGAUUGUUCAAUGGAUCAGAAAACGACAUUAAAGACACAGGUGACAAAGGUUGGCUAAGAUUGCUAUGCUAGCCAGCUAGCUUAAAAAGCAGUUUCGUGGAUGGAAGAACUGUGGCACCCAGUUCCACGUAGCAACGUAAUCUAACGACUCUAACUAGUCAGAUAGGUUAAGUGUUGUAUUUGUUAAUAUAUAUAUAUAUAUAUAUACCAACAUUUUGGUAAGUCAAGUGCAUCGGUGCAGGAAAUGUAACGUUCUUUUAGAAAACGGCAAAUUGACUACAUUGUUCUUGGACAGAUAAGUUAGCUGAAGCUAGCUACUGUUAACUUAGCAGAUGCUAUCCUCGUUUGCUGUCAAAGGUAUCGUUAGCUAAUCAUUGAGCUGGGAAGGAAGUAGAAUUCGUUUAACGUUAACCUGUGAUAAUUAAAUGUGUAGCAUUUGAUUGGUUUCAGACCGUUUUCGCUUGAGAUUUUUGGUGGGGGAUUCACAGGGCCACUUGAUUGAUGUGUCGUGAUUCUCUCAGCUGGCUAACUUUAAGUUAGCCUAUCACAUGCACAGACGAAAGAGUGCAGUAACACUGACUAAACAUCAGGUGAAAAUGCUAGAACUAACUUAAACGCCAUCUAUCUUAUCCUCUGGUGAACAAUUGAAAGACUUUUAACUGUUUACUGUCAAGUUACACUUCCUUCCAUGCAAUGGAUUUAAAAACGGCCGUCUUCAACGCUGCCAGGGAUGGGAAGCUUCGGCUGCUCCAAAAACUAUUGGAAAACAAAAGUGACCCCGAGGUCACUAAACUUAUGUCUGAGAAAACAAACGGGGCAACGCCAUUACUAAUGGCUGCGAGAUAUGGACAUCUUGAGCUUGUGGAAUAUCUUUUGGAAUGUUGUUUAGCCCCUGUCGAAGUCGGGGGGUCUGUCAAUUUUGAUGGGGAGACAAUAGAGGGGGCUCCACCAUUAUGGGCUGCUUCGGCUGCUGGACACUUGAAAGUGGUACAGUCGCUGGUAGGCCAUGGAGCUUCCGUUAACAACACAACCCUUACGAACUCAACGCCCCUAAGAGCCGCUUGUUUUGACGGACAUCUCAAUAUUGUUAAAUAUCUAGUGGAACAUAAAGCAGACCUUGAAGUGGCUAACAGACAUGGCCAUACAUGCCUCAUGAUUUCCUGCUACAAGGGCCACAAGGAAAUUGCUCAGUACCUUCUGGAAAAGGGCGCAGAUGUCAACAGAAAAAGCGUGAAGGGCAAUACAGCCCUUCAUGACUGUGCUGAGUCAGGCAGCCUUGAAAUACUUCGCUUACUGUUGGAUUAUGGUGCCCGAAUGGAACGUGAUGGUUAUGGCAUGACACCGUUGCUGUCGGCCAGUGUGACGGGCCAUGCAAAUAUUGUGGACUACCUGGUCCAGCACCCAUUAACACCCCCUUCUGAGCGAGCAGAUGCGCUUGAACUGCUGGGUGCCACUUAUGUGGACAAGAAACGUGACCUCCUGGGGGCCCUGCAACACUGGCGACAGGCCCUUGAGCUGCGUCACACAGAUCCUAUUAACCUCCUACCCAAGCCCCAGCCUGAACAACUUGUGGCAGCGUAUGACUUUGCAGUGGAGGUGAGCUGUGAGGAAGAACUUGACGCACUCAUUUCCGAUCCAGAUGGCAUGCGCAUGCAGGCACUGCUGAUCCGUGAACGUGUACUUGGACCUGCCCAUCCAGACACCUCAUACUACAUCCGUUACCGUGGUGCUGUGUACGCUGACUCUGGCAACUUUGAGCGCUGUGUGGCACUAUGGAGCUACGCCCUAGACAUGCAACAGCGCCACCUAGAACCUCUCAGCCCUAUGACCGCAAGCAGUCUGCUUUCCUUUGCUGAACUCUUUUCCUUCAUGUUGCAGGACCGUGCUAAAGGCCUUCUUGGCACCUCGGUUUCCUUCCAUGACCUUAUGGCCAUUUUGGGCAAGAGUGUGCUGGAGAUCGAGCGGGCAAUUAAACAUAAGUCUCAUGGGGUAGGCUCACUAAUGACACUGGCAGCAACUUCCACCCCAGACCCAGCCCAGCUGAGUAAAGCACUCUCCAUCAUCCUGCACUUGAUCUGCUUGUUGGAAAAAGUGCCCUGUACGCUGGAACAAGACCACUUAAAGAAGGAGACGAUCUACCGCUUCCUCAAACUUCGGCCGUGUGGCAAGAAUGGCUCAAGCCCACUGCACCUGGCAGCUGACCGUGCCACUACUUGUGUGGGCCGCUACCCUGUCUGCCGCUUCCCCUCACUGCAAGUGGCUGCUGUGCUGCUUGAAUGUGGUGCCGAUGUCAAUUGCCGUGAUGCACAAGACAAUUCUCCACUCCACGUGGCUGCCUCCAAUCAACAGCCUGAGUUGAUGCGGCUGCUGAUUGAUCGUGGCACACAUUUCGACAGCACCAAUGCCAUGCGACAAACUGCCUGUGACCUGUUGGGCCAGAAGGAGCUGGCACGCAGCCUCAUCCAGCCAGUCAACCACACCACUCUGCAGUGCCUGGCCGCUCGUGCCAUCAUCCAACAUGGCUUGGUCUACCAAGGCAACAUACCCCAGCGCCUGGAGGACUUUGUGCUCUUGCACAGAUAGUGGAGACUUUUUAAUUAACCAAGGAACAAAACCAGGAGUGAGGGCUGUAUGACUGAGAGGAAUGAUAAGCAAGGAAAAUAAGGGAAACUGAGACAUUCAUAACAUCUUUGCCCUUCCCCCUAUAACUUUGUUUUUAUUUAUUUAUUUUGUCCAAUGUUUACUUCCCUUUCUCCAAAGCAUAGUCCAGUUGCCUAAGCUAAGGACAGCUUGGCCCAAAUUAGUUUUUAAUGACACACCAGGGUGCUUUUCUCCAAAGCCUCUCAUGAUUUCUGUUUUGUCUCCACCUCUAUGCACUCCUCCCUUCACUGACAUCUAUGGCUCUUUUUCUCUGCAGAAACUGACCUUUGAGAAGCUUUAUAAUGUGUUUUGAGGUUUGCACAUGCCAUAAGUGCUUUAAUCCUCCUAUGCACAGGCUAGGAUAGACUGUUCUGUGUUAUACAGUACAAUACAGUAAAACUAAAGUAUUUGUUUUCAUGUCACAGCCUGUGUUUUGAAAGUCUCGAUAUCCAUGUUCUAUGAUUGGAGCCAUUAAAUAGCAGAGGGCUUUUGUAUGGUCCUCAGUGGAGAAUGAAUAAUCUUACAAAACAGUUAUUGGCAGAAGUGGAUUGAUUGGCUGCUGUUAUUUCCAGCUCUUUUCUAGUUUUCUGCAGUCAUUUUGGUAACUUUGAGCCCUCUUGUUCUAAGGCAAGCUGUAAACAACAUAAAGACAAAAGUCCGGGGUGAUGCAAUUACCAUUAACCUUCACUACUGCACAUUAAUCAAUGCUGAACACCUCAGAGGUCUUUUGAUCUCAGAUUUGCAUUUAUGUUGAAAUUCUUUUUUUUACUCAUGUAAUUGUACUAAAAAGAUAAAGGCCUUGCAUGGGACAGGUGUGUUGUGGUGUAACAUUUGCACAUUUAACUGCAGUUGCAUUUUUUUGUUCUCUUUUAGACAGGGGCACAGCAGAGGUUUUUGAAGUGUGUGUGUGUGUGUGCAUGUGUGUGCACGUGUGUGCGCAUGCGUGCGUGGUAGUAGCUGGGGUGGGGGAGGCGUUUUGUGUAAUUUUGGCCAAUGGUUUAACGCUCUAAAAGUCAUGAUGGGUUACUGACUUUUUAUGAAGCCAUGGACAAGACUUGACACAGGCCUAAAUGAUCAACACUGGUCAAUUACACAUGAUCAAACUAUUGCUUAGUUGUUUUGUCAGGGUCAGGUUAAUUUGGGUGUGUAAUGUCAUUAAUGUGUCCUCAGUUUCCUCCUCCUGUCUCCCCAUCCUCAUGUCUUUCUACUUUCUUCAUUGCCUUCCAGUCAAUCAUCUUUGUGAUUCAUGAGGGUUGGCUGGAAUGUCAGUGACCUGAUUUUCCUUGUCAUCAUUAAAAAAAAAAUACUAUUUCUGAAUAGUCUGUUUCCAUGCAUUUUCUUGCAUGUGAGGGCUACUCAUCAAAAAACAGCUUUGAAAAUCAGACAAGGAAGUAAGGGGUUAGAUUUGGUUUAUACCACAGGCUACAAUAGACUGUUUCCACACACCUUUUUGAGUCUAAAUGGCUCAUACUAAAUGUAUUGAUCUGUUUGGUUGUUCGAACUAUAUUGAUGCAUGACUGUCACACCCCAAUCACUGACCUACAGGUGUGUGUGUGUGUGUCUGUGUCAUCUAAAUAGUUUAGAUUCAAGUUUCAUUUCUUAGUUUAAUCUGACAGUUUGUGAGUGUGACCUACUUCAAGACAUCAGCCCAAUCAGUAAUUUAGUCUUAGUCAUAACCCUUGCCUGGUGUGUUAUGACUGAUUGAUCUGAUAGUACCAUAAACAGUCAUGAAACUUUGGCAAGCCAACACUGCAAUAGUAGGCUGGUUGGGUGUGCCUAGACAAGGGGAGGCACAGUACUAACAUUAACAAAUCCAUAAUAGCUGCAUAUAAUGCCAUGUUCAUAUCAUGUUCAAGUAACUUGGAACUCCUUUAAACAUUUACACGCCUCGUGUUCCUGAGCAUUAGGGGAUGUGUGUGCUUAAGCCCAGCUUUCCCUUUUAGGACAAGAUCAAUUUAUAUCCAUUUGGGCAGGCUUACACUGACUUGACUGUCCAUUUCACCUGUGUGCUGGUGUUUGACGUAACCAAAUCAAUGGAAAAGCUGACAGACGCCUGUCAAGUACUAAGAUAUGUGCAUAUUUCCACAUAUUUUACUGUAAACCUUAUUUGGUAUUUCUUCACUGUAGAUAAAAUAAAUAACAAUGCAAUCUUCUUUUACUUAAAUGUCCAGUUACGUAGUGACAAACAUUGGUAUUUUUUUCCUUGGGGUGAGGGUAUGCCUCUGUCAUCAUCUGCACCCCUGCUUUUAGACUAUGUGAAAUCAAGGGCUUUCAUGGUUUUCUAGGAACUCAUUUCAUCACUAAGAGAACGCAGACACACCAUGCCAGCAGGGGGACUUGCACUUUAUUAUUUUGAGGUUUUGAGUAUUUCAUUUAUUACUUUGAGGUCUUGAGUAUUUCAUAUUACAGAGAUAAAUGCUUGUUUGAUGUCUCAACAGCAUAUUUGACAAUAAACCCCUGUUGCUAUUG